AUGAUGCCAUCACAACGGAAAGUGGUUGCAACUCAUGCUAUUGAAAUUGAUUUGGCACAUGAAUUAGGAUUAAGUUUAAAGCAAUCUUAUGAGCUUCUUAGUAAGCAAGUUGGUGGAUAUGAUAAUCUUGGUUUUACCGAUAAAAAUAGAGAUGCAAGGCCACUUGGAGUAUUUUUGGGUCUCAAUCACCAUAGAGAAACUAUUGUAUUUGGAGGUGCACUUUUAUAUGAUGAAACGAUUGAAUCUUUUGUAUAUUUAUUUGAGACAUUCUUAGAAGCAAUGUCUGAAAAGAAGCCAAUCACCAUUUUCAUAGAUCAAGAUGCAGCAAUGUCAACUGCAAUAAAAGUAGUCAUGCCUAAGACAUAUCAUGCAUUGUGUAGUUGGUAUAUGUGGCAAAAUGCUGAGAGACACUUGGGUUAUUUACUCAAAAAUGAGUCUCAAUUUAAUGAUCAUUUCUUAGCAUGUAUCUAUGAGUAUGAUGGUGAAGAUGAGUUUCUUACAAUUUGGAAUGAAAUGCUGGAUAAGCAUGAUGUUUGUGAAAAUAAAUGGCUAAUUGAUCUAUUUAAAUUAAAAGAAAAAUGGGCCCAAACAUAUGUUAAGAGAACUUUCACUGCAGGAAUGAAGACAACCCAGCUUAGUGAGAGUUUCAAUGCUGACUUGAAGGAUUGCUUGUUUACUAAUCUCAAUAUAGUAGAGUUUUUCACUCAUUUUGAAAUAGUUGUCAAUCAAAAACGGGACAAGAAGUUAGAAGCAGAAUACAACUCUAGACAUAAAUUUCCAAGAUUGAAGCUCAAAAGCUCUCCUAUGCUUAACCAAGUAGCAACAGUGUACAUGCCUAUGUUGUUUAAUUUAUUUCAGAUAGAAGUUGAAGAGGUAAUGGCACUUUCCAUCCUAGAACGCAAUGUGAGUCAAACACAUAGUUAUGUGGUUGGAGUUUUCAAUCAAUAUGGAAUAUCUGAAGUCAUGUGGAAUCCAUUAGAUGAGACUCUAUCUUGUAGUUGUAGAAAGUUUGAGUCAUUUGGUAUUUUAUGUAGGCAUGGUUUGAAAGUUCUUGAUGUAUUGGAUAUCAAGUUGAUUCCUAAUAGAUAUAUCAUGAAAAGGUGGAGAAGAGAUGCAAAAGAUGGAAGUGGAAAAAAUUGCAUAACACAUAACAUUAAGUUGGAUACUCGACUGGAAUAUGUAGAUUGGUAUCGAGAUUUAUGUCCAAAAUAUAUUCAAUUGGUGAAUAAGUCGGCUUCUACAAGUUCUGCAUCACAUCAGGGAGGCUCAUUAGCAAGUGUUGCAAUAGCAUCACAUUUCGAGAGUAUAUCAAGUGUUAUAGGCUCCAACGACAAAAUUGAUGGUGCAUGA